CUCUAUAGUCUAUAUAAAUCUUCAAAACCCUAACUCGCUUCUCUUAGCAGCUCUUGCGCUUCUGUAACGGAGCCGCCCAAACGCAUUUCUUUAAGGUAAGAGAGCUAAAAUGACCACCCGAUUCAAGAAAAAUCGGAAGAAGCGCGGCCAUGUUAGCGCUGGCCAUGGGCGUAUCGGCAAACACCGGAAGCACCCAGGAGGUCGCGGUAACGCCGGAGGCAUGCACCAUCACAGGAUCCUCUUCGACAAGUACCAUCCUGGGUAUUUUGGAAAGGUCGGUAUGCGAUACUUCCACAAGUUGCGGAACAAGUUCUACUGCCCCAUCGUCAACAUCGACAAGCUCUGGUCGUUGCUACCUCAGGAAGUGAAGGAUAAGGCUAGUAAGGACAAUGUGCCCAUGAUCGAUGUCACUCAGUAUGGUUACUUCAAGGUAUUGGGGAAGGGCGCUCUGCCAGAGAACAAGCCGGUUGUAGUGAAAGCGAAGCUGGUAUCCAAGAUUGCCGAGAAAAAGAUAAAGGAGAAUGGAGGAGCUGUUGUGCUUACGGCUUAAGCUGUUUAGUUCCUAUCACUUCUGAGUUUUUUUUUUUUUAUUAUUUUUCAAGUGCUUAGAGUUUGGUAUUAAUGAGUAUUUUAUCAUGGUUGUUUAUGCUACUUUUUGAUUUAGAUGGAUAUGAAUUACUGUCCCAAUGCUUAGAUCUUCGACUUA